UUUUGUUUUAAGCCUCGGUCUCUUUUGAUCCCUCACGGGAAGCAGCAGCAGAAGCAAAGUCACUCAGCAGGAAUUCACAUGCUCCAGCCACACAGACAAGGGAUUGAGGGCAGAGCCCAGGGAACUACAAGUCCCGCCAGGCAGCGGGCUGGGCAAGCGCCUUGGCUCGCCUGUCCGUGAGCCGGGUGCUUGCAGAAAGUGUGUCACUGGGGCACGAGGCUCUCCCUGGGAAUCACAUGGUGGAUGCUCCCGAGCCGCGUGCUGGAGACUGCGCAGCUGCAGCGAGACCCAAGCAAAGAGGCUGCCGCUGGAGAGCCCUGACACAGUCCAGGAUUGCAGGGCGGAGAGAGGCAGCGUCGCACAGGGCUCCCGUCUGCUGCAUGCACCGGCUCAGCCCCUGCCAGCAGCCGCCGCCCCCCGCCGGGCUCUGAUUAGGUGCCAAGCGAGGAUCGCGGGCAUCCUCCCUGCCAGUGCAAGGGUUGCACAGCAGCGCCGGGCUCCACCUGCCCCCGGCCAGGUGCUCCGAGCCGGAGCUCGCCGCAGCCUCCGCUGCCCCCCUCCGCCAGCUGCGCUUGAAUGCGAGCGGGCCGCUGAAGGAUGGCAGCCACCGACUCCAACAACAACACAGGUGGUGUGAUCAGCUAUGUGGGCUCCAGUGGCUCCUCUCCCAGUCGCACCAGCCCUGUCUCCCUAUGCAGUGACAGCUCCAAUGGCAGCUUCCAGUGUGGCUCGCAGGCUUUCCCUUCCUACUUCCCACCCUCACCAACUGGCUCCCUGAUCCAGGACACGAGGCCAUAUGGCGGGGGAGUGCUGGGCUCCCGGGAGGAUGGUUCCCCUUCCUCAUCCUCCUCGUCCUCCUCUUCCUCGUAUGGCUCUUCUGGGACCUCCCCUGGGGGCCUGCAGGUUGCCAUGGAUGAUGGGAGGCGCAUCUCUCCUAGCAAGACCACCAGCAGCAUCACAAAGCUGAACGGGAUGGUCCUGCUUUGCAAAGUGUGCGGAGAUGUUGCUUCCGGGUUCCACUAUGGGGUUCAUGCCUGUGAGGGCUGCAAGGGUUUCUUCCGCCGCAGCAUCCAGCAGAACAUCCAGUACAAGAAGUGCCUGAAGAAUGAGAACUGCUCCAUUGUCCGGAUCAACCGGAACCGGUGUCAGCAGUGCCGCUUCAAGAAGUGUCUCCUGGUUGGCAUGUCCCGUGAUGCUGUGCGCUUUGGGCGCAUCCCCAAGCGUGAGAAGCAGCGGAUGCUGGCAGAGAUGCAGAGUGCCAUGAACAACAUGGCCAACAACCAACUGAGUGGGCAGUGCCUGCCCGAUGGCUCCCCUGCAGGGCACCCCCAGCCCACCAACCCCCUGCCCUGCCAUCAGCCCCAGUCGCAGCUCCCCGCCUCCCCCCAGCAGCAGCUGCUGCCGCAGCCUUGCUUCUCCCAGUUCCCACAGCAGCUGACGCCCCCACGCUCCCCCAGCCCCGGGGACGCCAUGGAGGACAUCAUCUCGCAGGUGGCCAAGGCACACAAGGAAAUCUUCGUCUACGCUCAUGACAAGCUGGGCACGGCUCCGGCCCCUGCCCGGGACAAUGACGCUCUCAACCGGGAGAACGACCGUUGUUCCAAUGGGUACCACGCCAGUGGUCUCUAUCGCCAUGACAACAACAACCUACCCCACCCUGACACCCCUCGUUUCUCCACCUGGCACGCCAGCACCCCCGGUGCCUGCCACCAGAACAACAUGAAUGGGCAUCGCCUCUGCCCCUCCGCCUACUCCUCCUCUGCCCAGGAGGCUGAGACGCUGGCCGGCCAGGGCAGCCGGUGGCAGAGGGGCACCAAGGACAUCCUGCCGGCUUGCCCCAUGAACAUGCACCCACCUGGCCAGAGUGGCCGCACAGUGCAGGAGAUCUGGGAAGAUUUCUCCCUCAGCUUCACGCCUGCUGUCCGGGAGGUGGUGGAGUUUGCCAAGCACAUCCCGGGCUUCCAGGACUUGUCACAGCAUGACCAGGUUGCCCUCCUCAAAGCUGGCACCUUCGAGGUGCUGAUGGUGCGUUUUGCCUCGCUGUUCAACGUGAAGGAGCAAACGGUGACCUUCAUGAGCCGGACAAAGUACAGCCUGGAGGAGCUGUGGGGCAUGGGCAUGGGUGACCUGCUCAACUCCAUGUUUGAGUUCAGCGAGAAGCUCAGCGCCCUGGAGCUCACCGAUGAGGAGCUGGGCCUCUUCACUGCUGUUGUGCUCGUCUCUGCUGACCGCUCCGGCAUGGAGGACACGGCACUGGUGGAGCAGCUGCAGGAGACACUGAUCCGUGCCCUGCGUGCCCUGAUUCUGAAGAACCGCCCCACAGAGACAUCGCGUUUCACCAAGCUGCUGCUCAAGCUGCCUGACCUGCGCACCCUCAACAACCUGCACUCUGAGAAGUUGCUCUCCUUUCGCAUUGAUGCCCAGUAGGGCCCAUGCCCUCCCCCCAUCCCCCGAGGGACACCAGCCAGACUAUUUAUACCACAACUGAACUGACUGCUCCUCAAGGACACGGACCCCCGCGCCCCCUUCCCACCCUCCCUCCCUGGGCCGAGGGUCCCUCUGUAAAUACUGACCUGUGUAUAUGGGAGUUGUGGAUCUCACACCGCUACCCUGUGGAGGCCCGGAGCCCCGCAGGGAAUAAUAUAUUUAAAGCAACGCCUCUGCCUGGACAGCCCCUUCCUGAGCAACCGUGGCCACCCCACUUCCAGCCCCGCAUCCAGGGGUCAAAGAUCACCUCUGGCCCUCCCCUGUACCCCAGUCCCUUGAGGAUUUGGCUAUCUGCCAUUGCAUGCAAUGCUCACCUGGUCUGUUGGAGCUGAGGGGCUUGCAGUCUGGACACCUGGGUUCUCAUGUCUGUUGUUGGAGGGGAGCAGGGUGGCACUAUGAAGCCAUGGGGGUGGGGGGAAGGGGUGCUGAUGGUCAGAGCUGGGUGGACUGCGGGGCUCUGUCCCCAGCUGCUUUGCUAUUCCUGCCUAUCUCCCCAUCAUGCUGAGCCAGGACUCACUUUGCAGAGCUCUGGCACCUUCAGCCCAAAGAGGACCCCAGUGUGCCCCAGUCUGCAGUGGCACAAAGCCCACAUGUUGCUCCGGCAGCUGCAGAAGUGUGGGGGACAGUCACCCUGCUAUCCCCAGGCAGGAGUCACUCAUACCCUCAAUACUGGCUCAGCCUCUGCAGGUGGCAUGUUGCCAGGAGUGACAGAGGGGGCAGAGAGUUGUCCAAUCAGCAUCCGCUGCUCCAGUGCAGAGGCAGUGAGUGUCCGUGGACCCAGCUUGGCCUCCCAUCACCAGCGUGUGGUAAAUUGAUGCUGGAGGGGAGUGGAUUGGGAAGGGUUUGCUGCCCCCCAGGUGCCCAUCCAUCACUGCUUCCUGCAGAGAGGAGGAAGGGCUGCUCGAUUUCCCUAGCACUGCCUGUGCCCUGUAGGACACACGGUCCACCCUGGCACCCCCUGCUUGCUGCGGCUGCCACUGGUGCAGCCGAGGACUACCAAAGCUGUCCCAGCUCUGCUACUCCCAGGAUGCAUCACAGACCUCAGCUCCUUACCAGGUGGGGACCUUUCCACCCUCAAGCAUCCAUGCCCAAAUUUGACUUGGGCAGUGCCACAAAAGCCAGGGCACAAGGACCCUCUGUAGUGCCCCCCCUCGCUCCCCUGGCCACGUGCCACCCGCAAGGGGUACACACAGAGCCUGGUGACCAGACAGACAGACAGACAGAAAGCAGAGGCCAGGUGCCAGCUGGGCUGUGUGGGUGGGUUUGUUUUUUUCAUCAUAUAUUUAUUACAUAAAUAUAUAGUAAAAUAGACCAGCAACAAUUACCAUAAAAAUAUCUUUCUUUAAAAUCCUGACCAAAAACACAAAGGGUUUAAAAUCGCACGUCACAGACACUGUGAUUGUCAUGUACAUCAGCAGCUCUCGGCCUCCUGGCCCCCCUCCCUCCCACGGGGUAGGGGAGGGCAGGUGGGUGGGGCGAAGGGCAAGGGGGGAGAGGGUGGUCUUACCACCUGAGGCUCUGGUGGGUGCCCCCCCCUUCCAUUGCCCCUCCACCUCCCCCACCUCUGAAAUGCACGGAGACCCAAACACCGACAUACAUUCAGUAACUCCCUGCCAUGCCCCGCCCCUCCCCCCCACAUCCCCAACUCUGGGGCAGGGGCCACAAUGCAUAGUACAUGGGGUAUGGGAGGAAGGGAGGAAUGGGUCUCUCCCCCCCACCCCCGCUGUGUCCCCUCCCCUCUAAUCCAAGCGAGAUUGCAUUCUCUAGAGACUGGCUGGGUUUGAAGCUGCACCUGAGGGACAAACUACACCCCCCCUACCUGCCCCAUGUGCCAGGCUGGGAGGGGGAGGAAGCAGUGGGGGAGAAGGGAGGGAGGGUAGGUACCAUCU